AUGUAUUUACCGCGCCAGCUCAUUUCUCACCUAUACCUACAACUCCUUCGAGCUCACCACCCUCUCUCUCCGCCAGUCCUGAUUCUUGUCGCUCUUGAACCUGACGCGCUAUGUGCUUGUCGAAUCCUAACGGCCCUCUUUAAACGCGAUUAUAUCCCCCAUAAGAUUCAACCAGUUGCCGGAUAUGGCGAUCUGGCGCGUGCCGGGCAGGAGCUGGUCCAGCCCAUGCAGACCACCAAUGUAAUCCGGAAGAUGAAGCGGAGGACAUGGGGGGGUGUGGAGGUUUGGGUGUUCGACGCGCGCAGGCCGUGGAACCUGGGUAAUGUGUUCGGAGGACAACCGUUGGGCUCUGCAAUGGCCGAGAUCGACUCUAAUGCACGAAGGCGCGGGCGAGGCGUGGAUAAAGGCUGUAUUACCACAUCUUACAGGUCAAAACACGGAGGUAUCAUCGUGUUCGACGAUGGAGACAUUGAAGAAGACCUUGCUGCGCAGCGGGAGGCAUACCAUGCUCUUCUUAAAAUGCCUGAAGUCGAUGAUGACGACGAGAGUGACGACGAUAUGGAAGACAAUGAUGAUACGCAACCUGGCUCCAGAAAACGUAAAUCAUGGUCAGGACGCGAGGACGAUGAAGAGUCAGAGGACGAGGAUGGGCCUCCGCGACAACGAAAACGAAGCAAUUCGGGCUCAUCGUUUGUGUCAUCACCGAGCAGGCGGCGGAGGGAGGGUGUCAACUCAUCGAACUCCUCACGCUCCAAUACGCCAGCUACGGACUCUCCCUCUCCAGAAGAACCACGACAGCCAUCGGCACGGUCACUUAAGAAACGCCUGAUAAAAAUGAAAAAGAAACACGAAGCUAUUCUGCAGGCCUACUACGCGGCGGGCACUUCAUACGCCGAGCCAAUCUCUUCUCUAGUCUAUUCAUUAGCGUCAGAGCUCGGACGUGAGGACAAUGACCUUCUUUGGCUUGCCAUUUGUGGUGUCUCGAGCUUGGAGCUCAGCGGUCGAUCAAUGACCGGUGUCGGUAUCUCGAAUACCUCGGAAUCGGGAGGAUCAGCAGGAUGGGGUGGACAGCGCGGAGAAAGCAUUCGCCAGAUUCUGCGAGAUGAAGUACAUCGUCUCAAUCCACCUGACCCAUUAGAGCGAGACCGUGACGCCCGCGGUGAAAUCAACGGCAUCAUUCCCACUACCGCGCGGUCUCCAACUGACACAUCCAUCCGUCUCUCGCCGGAGCCUCGCUUCCUGCUCGUCCGGCAUUGGUCGCUUUAUGAGAGUAUGCUUCACAGUCCUUAUCUGGCCCCGAGACUCCACGUCUGGACCGAAAAUGGUCGGAAAAGAUUGCAUAAAUUACUGGCAAAGAUGGGCAUCAGUCUGACCCAGUGCCAUCAGUUCUAUACCCACAUGGACAUGGAAUUGAAACGCGUGCUUCGAGGGCGACUGCUCAAGUACGCACCCAUGUAUGGCUUGGAUGGACUGGUCCCUCCGGAGCCAUCUGGGCACUCGACUGACCGCGAAGGCUGGGGUUUUGUCCGGUGUUGGGGUUGGAAAGCGUGCCUUUCAGCGACGGAUGUGGGUGUAAUCCUGGGGGCGAUUUUGGAAGUUGGUCCGCAUGAGCCGUCGGCGGCGUGGGAUGCGAAGCGAGCGCCACGCCCACGAGUCGCAAGUAGCGAUGCCGAAGGCAGUGGCGCUCCUGGGGAAUCUGACUUAGCGAGCCUUUUUCCUCGGUUCUGGACUGCAUAUGAUGCGCUCUCGCUCUCAUCCGAGUCUCCGACUCUUCUGCUGGAGGCUUUGCCCUUGGCCCAGCAUCUCCAUCGCGCUAUCCUUCGGACGGGUACUUCACUACUUUCCAAGCAUCAAAUUCGGCAUCUUCGUGCCUUCCGCAUUGCGGUUGUCAAAGAGGGGCCUGAUGUUUCACUUUUCACUAACCCUGGAGCCCUAACAAAGCUCGCUUUGUGGAUUGCAGAAGCAAUCCGAGUCCAAGAACGAGAGAAGGGCGGCUCGAUCAAGAUCGGACGAAAACGAGCCGCCGGGACACCCUUGGUCUUAGCCGGGCUUGACGAAGACCGCGAUCUCUACGUUGUUGUCGGUACAGGUGGUGGCGGUGGUGUUAUUGACUUUGCUGCCAUGUCUAAACGCCAAGAAGAACGCCGCACGAAAAAGGCCAUCAAGGAAAAGAAACAGAAGGAGCGAGAAGAGCGCCGAGCUCAACGUGCUGCUGAGCGUGCAGAACGAGAAGAUGAAGACGCCGAGGAGGAAUCUGAAGAAGAAUCCGAGUCCUCUUCUGAGUCCGAAUCUGAAGAUGAGGCCGAUCCCCAAAACAAAAACCAUCUGCUGCGCAACCGAUUCGGCAUCGCUUUCCAGGAGGUGGUCCAGGAGACCAAUGCCCGCGUUCGCAUCGAUAGCUUCGAGCACUGUGUGGUUGAAGUACAAAAGGACGACCUCGGCGGGUUCCUGGAAGCGCUGAGUUUCCGCAGCGUGGUGGGUUAG